UUAAACCUCCUGUGCUAAUCCGCACCACAGUGUGUUUCCAGGAGCCCAGGCUGCAACUCUGCAUUCUCACAACCACAGUGAUUCCUAAGAUGUCCUUGCUUAGUGUAGUCUUUUGACGAACACUUAUGGAAUGAUUCCGGUGUCCGGGGGACAGGGGUCAUGGGAUGACCUGGGGCUGGGGCCCUGUAUCCCCUUCUCAGAUCCUCACCCCUUCUCUGUAUCCACCUUCCCCUUCUCCUGCUUGCUCUCUCACCCUGCUCCCUGGCCAGGGACUCCGAUUGUACCUCCAUCCCAGAAACGAGUCUGUCUCCUUUCUUCUCUGCCCUUUGAGGAAACCCCCAGUUCCCAGGUAGGCCAGGCAUGAAGCCUCUGACUAUUGAGGGGCUUUGGGCUUUGGUUACACCUCCCAAAGGCCCCACAACUCAGUCACCCACCUUCAGCCAGCUGGUGCUUUACUUGGGUGGAAAGGGGAAACUUUAGGCUGGAGAGGAAGUGGUAGGAGAGACAGAGACAGGAGAGAAAUAGGUUCUUAUUUCACCAUAGCUUCCUCCUGGGCUUUCUCAGCUCUCUCCACCUCCAGCCCCACUGGGGAGGGAGGUGGCCUGAGAAGGGGGAAGAGGUUGAGCCCAGGGGAGCCUGGCAGUAGUUACAGAGCUCCCUGGAGCCUUGAUCCAGGUCCAGGGCUGAGGCCUUUCCAGGCCCCGAUGAAGAGCCUGCAGCUGGACAGCCUCAUAUAGGCUCUAGCAUCACCUGCUCCCCAAGCAGAGGCCUUGGCCUUCCUCCGCAAUUCUACCAGUGUAGGCUGGGGAGGUGGGGCUAAGCCCAGGGCUCCUCAGGGCUCCUCUGCACCCUCACUUUCCUCCCUCCACCCUGGCUCAAGAAGACUACCCAUGGCCUGGGAAGCCACACACCUGCUACUGCCUGUCCUGCUGGUGUUACUGGUCUCGGGCUCCUGGGCACAGAUGCUGCACAGACUGGAGGGUGAGGCACUCUCUGUGAGAUGUGAGUACGAUUAUUACCUACAUUCAAAAGUGAAAGUUUGGUGCCGCCAAACAGGAAGACGAUGUCAGGUGUUAGUGGACAGUUCCAGGAGAGUGGCUUCUCGGUACUCCAUCAGGGACAAUCCCACCUUGAACCGCUUCACCGUCACCAUGACUGAGCUCAUGGUAAAUGACUCAGGACGCUAUUCAUGUGGAAUCUACUCCUCUUGGAUCACUGUUCUCAAAACCAUCACUCUGGUGGUCUCUCAAGCUCCAGCCUCGCCCGCCAUCAGGAGCAGCAAGACAACAGUCCCAGCCUCUACUACCAGCCCUGUCAUUGUCAGCACCCAGGACAACUUGAAGUUCAUCAUUCCCAGUGUGGUGGUCGCCGCACUGCUGCUGCUGCUGCUCAUCCUGCUCGUGGUGCUGUACCUCAGGAAAGUCCGAGGAAGAGCCAGGAAGGGCGAGGCUGAGUCCUACCACGUCUACAAUGAACUUUCAGUCCAGAAGGAGACCACGGGCUUCCAUGAACAGAUGGUCUCUGACGAGGACGCUGAGGAUAUCCAUAUCCACUAUGCUUCGCCCAUCCAUCUAAACCACUUCGGCACUGAGGACUCCAUCUAUGUGAACAUCCAAGCCAGACCGAAGCCCCCUCCUGAUCCCUUUCUGACUGUGGAAUACGCCAGCAUCGCUGGAAAUAGACCCCAACCCUCCCAGUUGACUGCCCUGGAGGGGGAGCCCAGGAACUGAAGACAAGACUCACUUGUCAAAUGCUCACAAGGUUCAGAGUUGCUCUAGUAGUGAUGAAUGACUUCCACGUGGCAAAGCCAGUUACUCACUAGUACGGGUCACCCCCUCCUGCAUAGGAGGUGAGGAAUGGAGAGCAAAGGAAAGUCCUUAUCAACCCCGAGGGCAGAAGCGUUGAGUCUGAGGGAUGUGAUGGGCAGGCUAUGGGGAUGAGAGGAGAUUUCUGGAUACCUGCCCUCUCCCUUCCCCAGGGUCAGGGAUGAGUGCUACUGGGACACAGUCCAACUAGAUAAGGAUCUGGGACCCGCUGCCUCUGAGUGAACCAGUGCUCACCUCUGGCUGUUGCUAGCACUUCCUUCCUGACCAGGGGCUACGAAAUCCUGACAGAUGGUGCAAAUUCCUCUCUUGGUGCCUCACUCCAUGAAAGCCCCUCUCUAAACUGUUCUCUCAGGACCCGGUAUCCAGGCUGAGAAACUGUGCCUUGUCCCCAACCCUACCCCAGUUCUCACCUCUCCUGACUGGCCUCUGGAUUCUAACUCCCCUCCCACUGGUGGGAUUCUCAUAACCCUGCCAGGAGGAAGGCUGGGCUGUGCUCUGGUCAGGAGUCUCCCUCAGCACUUGCCCUUGCCCUCGCUAGUCAGGGUGGGGUUGGGGAGUGCUCUUCCCUACGGUUGUCCACAUAGCUCCAUCAGAACUGGUCUGGUCUCCUUGCUCUCCAAAGAAACCAUACCCACGUUGCUAACUGUAUCUCAGUCACACUGAGUGUAAGUACAUGUCACAGGGCCCUUCUGGGAUGGGACCCCCCCUUUUCACAUUGUGCCCUGUAGAGUGACUCUGAACUCUGGGAUAUUCCAACCAAGCGAGGAGAAGGGCGGUGUCCUGCUAAGUCGUGGUGAAGAUUUCUUGGAUCGCAGCCAUUGCUUCUCAGCAGAGACCUUAAAGGGCACUGAAUCCCACUGCUGACGGGAUGUCUGACCCCCUUUAUAAACCUCACUCAGGAGCCACAUGGUCUCUGCCUCAGUCUCAGGCCUAGGAACUCACUGCCUCCCACCCAGGCAGCUGUUGUGAACGUUGUCAGAAUGCACCGAACUUGCCCACAAGAGGGCCUGGGUCAGGUUGCUUCACGGUCAGAGAGAGUGGGUUGAGAGGAGUAGGGCAGGAGCUUUGGAGUCUGCUGAGCUGGUCUGUGAGAAUGGCGCCUUCCUCUGGGAGGCAGGCCUUUAAGUGCCAGCACUUCUCCCUGUGAUGUCUCAGCUACCAUCGUGGGCCCUCCAGGAUCCCAGUGUCGAGAAUGUGGUCUACCCCCAGCCUAUGGCUCCACAGGGACGCAGACCGUGCAGACCUGUAGGGUCAGGUGCCGGACCGAGGGGUGAUCUCAUUGUAUGUGUGCGUGUCUGUGUGUGUGUGUGUGUCUUGGGUUGAUGUAUGAACAAAUAAUGACCAUAGAAAGCAAUCAUGGUGGGGCUGGCAGGUGGUAUGGUGGCUAA